AUGUCGGCCUGGACUCAGCUGGGACUCCUGCUGUGGAAGAACUUCACCUACAGACGGCGUCAGACCUUGCAGCUGCUGGUGGAGAUCUUGUGGCCGCUCUUCAUCUUCUUCAUCCUCAUUGCCGUCCGCCUCAACUACCCUCCGUACGAGCAGCAUGAGUGUCAUUUCCCAAACAAAGCCAUGCCGUCGGCGGGUACGUUGCCGUGGAUACAGGGCAUCCUGUGUAACGCCAACAACCCAUGCUUCAGGAGCCCCACUCCGGGAGAGUCUCCGGGGGUCGUUGGGAACUUCAACGACUCCAUAAUCUCUCGACUUUUCUCCGAUGCCAAGAAGAUCCUGCUGUACAGCCAGAAUGACAAGAACCUGGAGGGCUUCAAGGAGCUGUCCUCUGCUCUGCGGGAACUACAGGAGAGCAGAGCAGGGUUCCAGCUGAGACACUUCUUACAGGAGAACGAGACCUUGAGCUACUUUCUGAAGAACAACGCUUCAUUACCUCAGAGCAGCGUGGAUCACAUCCUGUCUGCUCCAGUUAACCUCAACCAGAUCCUGCUGAAGGGCUUUGGUGUGCACCUCACAGACUUGUGCCCCUCUAAACCAAGAAGCCGCAACCUGAGUGAAUACAUAACCAUCUCUGACCCUGCUCUCCAAUCAGAGCUCAUGGACAAGAUCUGCACAGCGCCGCCCUCCUGGCUGCAGGCGGCAGAGCAACUCUUCCUGCAGAACCUCGACUUCUUCAGACCCGUCAAGCAGCAGCAGAAGAGCGGCAUGACCUCUGAUCCCGAGGCGGUCAAUCGUGUUGCUGUGGCGACCAACAACCUGCUGGACACCAUGGGCCUGCUGGCGGUGGAGCUCGCCGGGAUGAAGUCUUGGUUGGACCUACGCAACGAAAUUGUGUUCCUGACGCACAACGCCACGUCUUCGCCGAGCGUUCUCUACUCUGCCGUGUCGCGCAUUGUGUGUGGUCAUCCGGAGGGAGGGGGGCUGCAGAUCAAGAGCCUCAACUGGUACGAAGACAGCAACUACAAGGCCCUGUUCGGAGGCAACAGCAACUCCAGCGAGGAGCAGCCCCACCAGCUCUACGACAACUCCUCCACUCCGUACUGCAACAGCCUGGUGAAGAACCUGGACUCUAACCCCAUGUCAAGGAUGAUCUGGACCGCCAUCAAGCCCCUGCUGCUGGGACAGAUCCUCUACACCCCCCACACGCCCCUCACACAGAAGAUCAUCCACCAGGUGAACCGGACGUUCCAGGAACUGGGGGUCUUCCGAGACCUGGGCGGCAUGUGGGAUGAGAUGAGGCCUAAAGUUUGGAAGUUCAUGGAGAGCAGUGAGCAGAUCAACCUGUUCAGGAGCCUGCUGCGGAACAACGUGACGGCUCGGUACUUCAGCGCCCAGCUCGCAGGCACUGAUUGGACGGUGGACGACGUGAGCCGCUUCCUGGCCAGAGAGGAAGAGCCGGGACGAGGCGGUGCUCUGACCUGGAGAGAUGUGUUCAACGAAACCGACCAAGCCAUCGCCAGCAUCUCGCGCUUCAUGGAGUGUGUGAACCUGGACAAGCUGCAGCCCGUGGCCACAGAGGAGCUGCUGGUGAACCGCUCCAUGGUUCUACUGGAGGACCGAAAGUUCUGGGCCGGGAUCGUCUUCAAUAUCUCCCACAACGCCUCCGAGCUGCCCCCACACCUGAACUACAAAAUCCGCAUGGACAUCGACAACGUGGAGAGGACCAACAAGAUCAAGGACGCAUACUGGGACCCCGGACCCCGUGCGGACCCCUUCGAGGACAUGCGUUACAUCUGGGGAGGCUUCACGUACCUCCAGGACGUCGUCGAGCAGGGCAUUGUCCGUGCCAUGACUGGGACCAAGGAGAGGACCGGAGUCUACCUCCAGCAGAUGCCCUAUCCCUGCUACGUGGACGACAUCUUCCUGCGCGUCAUGUCCCGCUCCAUGCCGCUCUUCAUGACCCUGGCCUGGAUGUACUCGGUGGCCAUCAUCCUGAAGAGUGUGGUGUAUGAGAAGGAGGCGCGGCUGAAGGAGACCAUGCGCAUCAUGGGCCUGAACAACGGCAUGCUGUGGUUCAGCUGGUUCAUCAGCAGCCUGGUGCCUCUGCUGGUCAGCGCCGCGCUCCUGGUGCUGCUGCUCAAGCUGGGGAACCUGCUUCCAUACUCAGACCCAGGCGUGGUCUUCUUGUUCCUGGGCUCCUACGCGGUGGUGACCAUCAUGCAGUGCUUCCUGCUCAGCACAGCGUUUGCCAGAGCCAACCUGGCAGCCGCCUGCGGAGGCAUCAUCUACUUCACCCUGUACCUGCCCUACGUGCUCUGUGUGGCCUGGUCCGACUACAUCGGCUUCGGGGCCAAAGUCUUUGCUUCGCUCCUGUCCCCUGUGGCUUUCGGCUUUGGCUGCGAGUACUUCUCCUUGUUUGAGGAACAGGGCGUGGGCAUCCAGUGGUCCAACCUCCUGAGCAGUCCGCUGGAGGAGGACGACUUCAGUCUGCGCACAGCCAUUGGCCUCAUGUACGUGGACGCGGUGCUGUACGGGAUCCUCACCUGGUACCUGGAGGCUGUCUUCCCAGGUCAGUACGGGAUCCCUCGGCGCUGGUUCUUCCCCUUCACUAAGUCCUACUGGUUUGGAGAGAAAGAUGGAGAAAGCAAGGUGCCUUUGAACCGCAGACGCAACCCUGGAGUGAUAGUGAUGGAGGAGGAGCCUGCUCACCUGGACCCUGGAGUCUACAUCGAGGACCUAGUGAAGGUUUACAGACACGGCAACAAACUGGCUGUGGAUGGACUCACUCUGGGUUUCUACGAAGGACAGAUCACCUCCUUCUUAGGACACAAUGGAGCCGGCAAAACCACCACCAUGUCGAUCCUGACAGGACUGUUCCCGCCCACUUCUGGCACCGCCUACAUUCUGGGCAGAGACAUCAAAUCAGACCUGAGCGCCAUCCGCCAGAGCCUGGGAGUGUGUCCUCAGCACAAUGUGCUCUUCAGCAUGUUGACGGUGGAGGAGCACAUCUGGUUCUACGCCCGUCUCAAAGGGCUGAGCGAGGCCCAGGUGAAAUCAGAGAUGGAGCAGAUCCUGAAGGACACUGGCCUGCCUCACAAACGCACGGCCCGCACAAGCGCUCUCUCCGGGGGCAUGCAGAGGAAGCUCAGCGUGGCCCUGGCCUUUGUGGGCGGGGCCAAAGUGGUCAUCCUGGACGAGCCCACGGCCGGAGUAGAUCCGUUCGCCCGUCGCGGCAUCUGGGACCUGCUGCUCAAGUACCGCUCGGGGAGGACCAUCAUCCUGUCCACUCACCACAUGGACGAGGCGGACAUCUUGGGGGACCGCAUCGCCAUCAUCUCCCACGGGAAGCUCUGCUGCGUGGGCUCCUCCCUGUUCCUCAAGACUCACCUGGGAACUGGCUACUACCUGACACUGGUGAAGAAGGAGCCCGAGCCCUCCAUGAGCUCCUGCAGGAACUCCUCCUCCACAGUGUCCGACUGCAAAAAGGAUGAAGAUGGCGCAUCGAUCAGCUCCAGUGACGCAGGACUUGGCUCUGAACACGAGAGUGAAGCAGCCACCAUCGACCCCCCCAGCAGCAGUGUGGGUGGCGCCUCUACUGACCCCCCCACGGAUCACCCCAUGGUCCCGGCUAACAUCGCCCACGUGUCUGCUCUCGUCCUGGGCCACAUCCCGGGGGCACGCCUGGUGGAGGACCUGGGUCACGAGCUCACUUACAUCCUGCCCUACUCCGCUGCCAAAGACGGGGCCUUCCCAGACCUGUUCCGGGCCCUGGACCAGAACUUACACCAACUGGGCAUCUCCAGCUACGGAGUGUCCGAUACCAGUCUGGAGGAGAUCUUUCUGAAAGUAGCGGAGGACAAUGGAGUGGAUACAGACGUUCCCUCAGAUGGGACUCUUCCCGUACGGGUCAGACGCAGGCGGAGGACCCACGCCUUUGGAGGAGGAGAUCACCAGAGCUGUCUGAAGCCCCUAACAGAGGACGACCUGCAGGGGAAUGAGUCUGAGGGAGACCCAGCAGAGGACCCGGACUGGCUGAACUGCACAGAGGGGAAGGGCUCGUACAGUGUGAGCGGCUGGGCCCUGAGGAGGCAGCAGUUUGUGGCACUCAUCUGGAAGCGCUUCCUCUACGCCAGGCGCUCCCGUAAAGGAUUCUUUGCUCAGAUUGUUCUCCCGGCCGUGUUCGUGUGCAUUGCUCUGGUCUUCAGCCUCAUCGUCCCACCUUUUGGAAAGUACCCCAGUCUGGAGCUGCAGCCCUGGAUGUAUGAGGACCAGGUCACCUUCAUCAGCGACGAUGCUCCCGGAGACGUGAAAAUGCAGAAGCUCCUCAGUGCUCUUCAGGAGGACCCGGGCUUUGGGACGCGCUGCAUGAAAGACUACUCCAUACCCCACGACUCAGUGAAGCUGAUCAAGUUCGCGGACGACACCACCCUCAUUGGACUCAUCUCCAACAACGAUGAGUCCGCCUACAGGAGGGAGGUGGACCGGCUGGUGUCCUGGUGCAGUGGUAACAACCUGGAGCUGAACGCCCAGAAGACAGUGGAGAUGAUUGUGGACUUCAGGAAGAGCACUGUCCCCCCGCCCCCACCCUCCGUGAUGGACUCCCCCAUCACCUUUGUGGAGUCCUUCCGUUUCCUGGGCACCACCAUCACCCAGGACCUCAAGUGGAAGCCGACCAUCAGCUCCCUCAUCAAGAAGGCCCAGCAGAGGAUGUACUUCCUGCGGCACCUCAGGAAAGCCAAGUUGCCUGCACAGAUGUUGGUGCAGUUCUACACGGCCAUCAUCGAGUCCAUCCUCACCUCCUCCAUCACCGUGUGGUUCGCUGGAGCCACAGUCAGGGACAAACAGAGACUACAGCGCAUUGUGCGCUCUGCAGAGGAAGUGAUCGGCCGCAGCCUUCCAUCGCUGCAGGACCUGGAUACGCCGUGCACCAUGGGGGACGAGGAGUGGUCGGUCCCCCCUGUCCCAGAGGACGUGCUGGAGGUCUUCUCUUCUCCGAGUAACUGGUCCAUGAGCGAGCCCUCCCCUGCCUGCUACUGCAGCUGUGACGGCAACAAGCGCAUGCUGCCAGAGUGUCCCCCUGGAGCCGGAGGACUGCCCCCGCCCCAGGUCAGACACAGCACCUCACACCCUCACACUGGAACCUAA